UUGAAUCCAAUUUCGAUAGAAUAACAAUAAGAUAAGAACAAAUGCACUUUCGGGGAUCUUCCAUCGCGGCCACAGCCAUCUGGUUGUUUGUGCUGAUGUUGGUGCAACAGCAGAGUGACGCAGCAGUGUCGGCAGCAUCCACGAAUGGCACAAAGCCCGUUCCGAUAUCGGAACUAAGUGCACCGGCUGCAAUUCCGAAAGCGGUAAAGUCAGAUGAUGCAGUGCCCGUGCCCAAACAAAAGGAUGCUGAUGUCAUCAUUGCUGAGAAGCCUGUGCUAACUUUGAAGGAACAACCCAAGGAGCCAGAGCGGCCAGCUGACCAAAAAUCUCGGGCCGAGCCCAAGUUAUCGCCAUCCUCCAGUUUGCCUGUGGAGGAUGUUCGCAUCGAGCACUCUAGCAUGGGCAAUGAAAUGGAUUUUCCGGGACAAGCCGUCGUCUACGUUCUGGUCGCAAUAACAAGUUCCGCCAUUUUUCUACUUGUGUUGCGUGUCUAUCGAAUGCGAUUAACACGAGCAGAGCGCAAAUAUGGGGUACAAGGCGACAGGGCCAAUCAAGAGCUAACACCACUGCCCAUGGCCAUCGAGGAUGUCAACAGCGACGAGGAGGACCACACCGUGUUCGAGGUCAAUCGCCAGAAUAUACGCAUAUUAUGAAACAGCUAACACAAGAACACGCAAACAGAUAUUUGGUCGCCCCACCAUUCUCAACACUUCUCAGCAAACUUGCCUUCUUAGCUGGUCUCAUUGUAGAAUUACGUCUUAGUCGUUAGCUAACUAUGCAAAUUGCCUGAUUCCCUACUUGGUAACAACUCAGUUCUGUGUAACUUUCUCCCACAGUUGGUUCCAGUUUAACGAAUCAAAAGAAAACAAAACCAUUUGUGAUAACUUUAACGAUAUAUGAAUAUGUCUGUAAGAAUAUAUUGUAGAAGACAGACGCUGAAGCGCUGAAAGCAUGGCAAUCUCGUUCUACGGAUGCUUUCUCCAAUAAAUGUUAUAUUAAACGUACUGCA